AUGGACGCUGAUCAAGAACUAGGCUACUCCUCCCACAAGGAAACUCCAGCUUCCCUUUUCAAAUUACAAGGCUCCCUAAGGAACCUCUUGUACGUUGUCUCUGGUGAAUUCAUUGGUACCUUUGUCUUUCUCUGGACUGCAUAUGCUAUUGCAUCUGCUGCAAACAUUGCAGGUGUCGUUAACGACUCUAAUGCCGCAAAGACAAUUAUGAUUGCCUUUGGAUUUGGGUUUGGUGUCAUGAUUGGUAUUGCCUUAACGGCAAAGAUCUCUGGUGGUAAUUUAAACCCAGCCGUCACAUUGACCCUUAUUCUAGCUAGAGCAGUUGACCCAAUAAAGGGUUUGUGUAUGAUGGUCAGUCAAAUUAUUGCUGGUAUGGCUGCAGGUGGUGCAGCAAAGGGUAUGUUCCCAGGCCCUGUUACUUUUGCCAAUGCUAUGGGUAACGGUACUAACAAAGGUCAAGGUUUGAUGCUUGAAGCUUUUGGUACUGCCUUGUUGUGUAUUACCGUUUUAAUGGCUGCAGUGGAAAAAUCAGCUUUAAAUGAUUUUGCAGCUGUUGUUAUUGGUAUCUCCUUAUUUCUUGGUCAUUUAUUCACAAUCAAUUUCACCGGUGCUGGUCUUAAUCCUGCAAGAUCUUUAGGUGCUGCAAUUGCAUUGAGAUCCUUCCCUGUAUACUUUUGGAUUUACUGGAUCGGUCCAAUCAUUGGUUCCAUUAUUGCAGUUUGUAUCUGGUAUCUUUGGGCUUUGUUAAAGGUUGAAGAAGACGAAGAAUAA